GCAGACGUGGCAGUGCCUGCAGGGGGUGGGGACAAGGCGUCAGGCCCACCAUUAGCACCAUGCUCCUGGGGAUCCUCGUGGUGCUCUGCUUCAUCCCCACUGCUGAUCUAACAGAAAACAAGAUUUUAGUGGCUCAAAGUCCUCUGCUCACUGUAGCUAACAAAAAUGCAACUCUAGUCUGCAACUACACGUACAAUGGAACAGGGAAGGAGUUUCGAGCGUCGCUGCACAAAGGAACAGACAGUGCAGUCGAAGUUUGCUUUAUUUCAUGGAACCUGACCAAAGUUAGCAGUAAUUCAAAUAAAGAAUUCAACUGCCAUGGCAUGCAUGAUAAAGACAAAGUCAUCUUCAAUCUUUGGAAUAUGAGUGCCAGCCAAACUGACAUCUACUUCUGCAAAAUCGAGGCCAUGUAUCCACCCCCAUAUGUCUACAAUGAGAAGAGCAAUGGGACCGUCAUUCACGUGAAAGAGACACCCAUCCAAACACAAGAGCCUCAGUCUACAAUUCCUUUGUGGAUUACAGUGGCAGUGACUGGAGUUCUUGCUUUCUACAGUAUGCUAGUAACGGCAGUUUUCAUUAACUACUGGCAAAAAUCCAAAAAGAGUAUCUACCACCAGAGUGACUACAUGAACAUGACUCCCCGGCAUCCACCGUACCAGAAGAACAAGGGUUACCCAUCCUAUGCGCCAACAAGAGACUACACUGCAUAUCGGUCCUGGCAGCCGUGAUACCCACCAGUAGCCUUGUGUCCUUCUAGGCAGUCACUUGCUCUUGGACAUGAAAGGACAGCCUCUCAUUUUCUCAUCAUGUUUGUCAUUACUGAUCAUGGAU